AUGACCUCCACAGAUAUCAAGCCUUGUGCCGUAAACAUCCCCGUUUCCGCUCACAUCACCUUCCACUACAAGUCGACCACGGACAGAAGCAGGAGCAGCAGCAGCAGCUGCUGCUCAUCUGCUACCUCCAACACUAGCUCUCCCAGAGGCAGCUCCGCCGGCUUACCACCCGCUUUAUCAACUGACAACGAAAUCAUUGAGACCGUACUUAACGUUUCCGCGCCCGUUGUGGCAGACCCUACGCCGCCCUCAUUAUUUAAGAACAACUACACUGCCGCCUCGUGCUUGACUUCUGAUCCAACCUCGCCACCGGCGCUGCCCUCUUCUAGGCGCAACUCUGUGUUACCAGCAAGCGACUUCCACCAGUGCGCGCAUCACAAAAACUUUCAAAGAAGGGCCAGUGAACCACAGCUGCCUUCUUUCGAUAACCGCUCGUCGUCCGAGAUGAAAAGGUCCAUCUCGUGCGCCCAGCACAGCAUGAUGUUCCCCAUCAGUGACCAACGGGAGCCGCAAACACCUGCAUAUCCAAACAGCCACUCAGACCCGUCUUGCCCUUGCAACAGACACCACCACAGAAGGAACUCUGUCGCCGUCAAAUUUGACAAACCAUUAUAUAAAAGACUAGAGCCAUAA